AUGGUAAGAAAACAUGGACACAUGAACAGCAAUGCCGUGCCUCCUAAGACUAAGGGUAAAAAAAAAGCCGUUAAGGGCAAGUCAUCCUCGGUGACUGGUGUUGCGUCAAAUGGGGAGAAGUCCAAGGAGCAGCUGUGGGAGGAAACCGUCCGUCUCCAGGAGGAGCUGGACAGACUGCGGGAGGAGAAGCAUUACUUCAAGUUACAGACGGAGAAGGCCCAGGCCAGGCUGGAAAUCACCAACAAGAACCUGGAGGAGGCCGAGGCCCAUCGGAGGGAAAGGAUGAGACAGAGGGAGGAGGCCAACAGGCGCCACCAGGCAGAGAUCACUAUCUACAAGGAAAAGCUGAGGCACAUCCUGUCUGAGAAGAACAACACGAUCUCUGAGCUGAAGGUGGACGGCGCCUCGUCUGCCUCGCUCAAUCAGAAGCAGCACACAGAAGAAGAGCUCGCUCUGAUCAGAGAUGUUGAGGGUCUGCAGGCAGAACUCAGUGAGAUGAAGAUGCAGAGGGAGAACCUCGUCCAGGAGUUUGCGCUGAAACGCCAGAUGGGCUUGAGGGAGGUGCACCACGAAUAUGAUUGCAGGCUUAAAGCAAUUCAUGCCAAGUAUGAAGAGAAGACGUUGGCAAUGGCCAAGGAGUACGAGGAAACCUUGCGGAUGGACAUGUUGUCUUUGGACAAAAAGAGCAAAAAAUGUAUGGGGUCCCUUGUGAAUGCAUUCUUCAAGGAGCAGAUGGAGAAGCGCCUCGCCGAGCUGAAGACGCUGGAGAAGGAGCGGCUGCAGGCCCGCGAGAAGGACCGUCUGAAGUUCAAAGCUGCCAAAGUGAAGAAGAAGGAGCCGAAGGAGAGUGAGGCGCAGGCCUCCGAACAGAACCAACCAAAGCAGGGCCAGGAAAUGACGGCGACGCAGGCCUUUUCAAAGCGCCGCGCCCAGCUGAAGAAGCUGGGCGAGGGGAUCAGGGAGGAGAUGGUGAAGAAUGAGCUGCUGCAUCAGGCCUGCGAGAAGAUGGAGCGGGAGCGCGACGAUCUGCAGAAGAAGCAGAUGGAGAAAAUCCUGGAUGUGCAGCAGAAGAGCGGGGUGCAGACGCUGCUGCUGGAGAGGAAGAUUGCCGCGGUGACGUUGGACCUGGAGAAGGAGGAGGCCCUUCUGUGCGACGAGCUGACGUUCACCAGUCCGGACCCAGCAGAGAGGAGCAACGCCCAGCGGAGGCUCGACGAGAUCAUGAGUUGCAAACAAGCCAUGGUCGACAAACAUCAGGAGGACCUGGAUCGAGAGUGUAAGGAGUAUGAUGACCUGGUGCAAACCCACAAGCAGAGGCUGCAGGCUACCGGGGCCUCCGUGCGCCACCUCUCCUUCAAGUCUUCCAAGGAGAUCCUGAAGGCAGCACCAGCCAAACCCUGAGGUCCCGUCACAGCAGCAGCAGGAGGAGGAGGACACCAGACAAGUCCUAGUUGUUGCCCUGAUGGCAGUUUCUUUAGCUACAGUUUUUUUUCAUUUCACUUUUACAUUUUCUUUUU